GUUUACUAUCAUAUCCCUGUUUGAUCUGCUACCUUUACACACAAAAAGAGCAAUGGACGAAAUGAAUGAAAUAGGAAUAGGAAUGACACCUGAACUGUUUGCUGCUAUGUUGCAGCAUCAGCAGGCGAUGGGAGGUUUUAUGUUUCCUGGAGAAUCAGAUGAGGAUGAAGAUGAAGAAAAUGAGGAAGAAAUACAAAAUGAUCCAAAGAAAAGAAUAUUAUGGGCUGCAGAAAAUAAUCAUUUAGAUAUAGCAGACUCAUUGCUACAGACAGACCCAGAAUUGAUCAAAUCUUGUGAUGAUGACAUGUAUACUCCACUUCAUAGAGCAUGUUAUAAUGGUCAUGUUGAUAUGGUUAAGUUAUUGAUUAGAAAUAAUGCAGAUAUUAAAGCUAUGACAACAGAUGGAUGGCAACCAAUACACAGUGCUGCACGAUGGAAUCAGUCAGCAGUUAUUCAAGUUUUACUGGAACAUAAUGCAGAUAUAAAUGCACAGACAAAUGGUGGUCAAACACCGCUACAUCUAGCUUCUUCCUGUAAAGAUACUCGAGAGACAAUAAUAUUGCUAUUGUCCAAUUCCAACACUGAUAGAACUAUUUCAAACAAUCUUGGUGAAACUGCAGAAACAAUUUGUAAAAGAACAAGUGCACUUUGUAAAUUAUUUGAUGAAAUAAAAACUUAGAAUGUAUAAUAAUUGUUACAAAAUCUUAAGAGAUAAAACUAUUAAUAUGUG